AUGACUAAAAAUUUCUCUGAUGAUACACUUGUAAAUUUACAAGAAGAAUACGAUAAGACACAAAUACAAGAAGUAAUUGAUGAACUACAACAAGAGUUAAUAGGCCUUAAACCAGUUAAAACUCGUAUUAAAGAGAUAGCUGCACUUUUACUAAUUGACAGGUUAAGGCAUAAUGUCAAUCUUGUAUCUGGCAGCCCUGGAUUACAUAUGUCAUUUACUGGUAGUCCUGGAACUGGAAAAACAACUGUUGCAAUGAAAAUGGCAGAUAUCUUAAAUCGCUUAGGAUAUAUUCGCAGAGGUCAUUUAAUGACUGUUACAAGAGAUGAUUUAGUAGGUCAAUAUAUAGGUCAUACAGCACCUAAGACUAAAGAAGUUUUAAAGCAAGCGAUGGGAGGGGUAUUAUUUAUAGAUGAAGCUUAUUACUUGUAUAAACCAGAUAAUGAAAGAGAUUACGGAGCAGAAGCCAUUGAAAUAUUGUUACAAGUUAUGGAAAAUCAACGAGAUGAUUUAGUGGUUAUAUUUGCUGGCUAUAAAGAUAGAAUGGAAAAAUUCUAUGAGUCAAAUCCUGGAUUAUCUUCACGAGUAACUAAUCAUGUUGAUUUUCCAGAUUAUACAGCAGAAGAAUUACUAGCAAUAGCAAAACUAAUGCUUGAAGAACAACAAUAUAAAUUUGCUCCAGAAGCUGAUAAAAUCCUAUUAGAAUAUGCUGAAAGAAGGAUGAAGCAACCUCAUUUUGCAAAUGCAAGAAGUAUUCGUAAUGCUAUUGAUAGAGCACGUAUGAGACAAGCUAAUAGAAUUUUUAUAAGUGGAGAUAAAGUAUUAACUAAGAAUGAUUUAGUAACUAUACAAUCAGAAGAUAUCCUAAAAAGUAGAUUAUUUACGUAUUAA